AUGUCUUCCGAAUCCCCUCCAAAGUACAUUUACAAAAUUAUCCCUUCGCCCCCCGAGGAUCCAUUCCCAAAGGAGCUUCCCUUGUCCGAACUUGACCGUAAUGAUGGCUUCGUUCAUUUGAGCACAUCAUCUCAGGUGCCUAGGACCGCAGACUUGUUCUUCACCAAGACAUCUUCUCUUUGGGUCAUCAAGCUGGAAUAUGCCCAGUUUGCUGCUGACUCUAUGAAAUGGGAGGGUGGUUAUCCCCAUCUGUAUGCCAACUUUGGUGCUGAUAAUGUUGAUUCUGUUGAGAAGUUUAUUCGGGAACAAGAUCAAACAUGGGGUCAAGUUAUGGAAAAGUCUAGCUGGCUACAGUAA